CCUCUGUGGUUAGAUCAGAUUACGUAGCUGUAGCUAGAACAAGAGAUGCCGCCCGGAGCUUCUGUCAGACCACAUACCACCAGGGAACCCUCGCCAAAUGGAAGGAUAUUGUUAAUAAAAGGUCGGAAUCAUACCAGGUGUGGGACGGUAACUCUUACCAACUCUCCUCCCUCAUUACAAUCAAAGAUUGUACCAACGACACAGGCAACACGCAGUAUGUCCUCCCCGAUGGGUUACACUGGUUAGACACAGCGGCACAGUGUCAGGCUCUGUGUGGUACCACAACGUUUGCCACUAGGGGUAGCUUCUGCCACUGUUUGAACGAAUCGUAUACACCGACAAAUGAUACUGACUGCAUACCGAUGUUACAGAAACCAGCAGCUCUCAACAUUCGAAAUACGGAGGCAAAGACAGUGUUUCAAACAGUGACUCGGGAAAUAAGUAGCAAUUUAUCGAAAGGCAGAUGCCUUGCUGCAAACGAGUCGGAUACCUGUCAAACAUUGAUGUUGAAGAGAUGUGGGGACACAUUAAACAUGUUAUGUAAAGGUGGAACGAGAAUUGAGAAUACAUGGAAAGAGGCCGCAUUUGGAUGUGCUGCUGCUAAUAGUUUUCCACAACCGGUCCCCGAAGAAUGUACGAUUGGCUCUUCUGGAUGGUUGGGAGGAUUUCGAAGUUUGCAGUAUGUGCCAGGUUCAACUGUCGGUACCUUUUGCAAACGAUUAUCUUAUUCGAAGAAUAACGCCAUGCCAAGGUUCAAGGAAGUGAGUUGUAGCAGUUCGUUUAAAUUCUACUGCAUUUACAAUGAAUCGGGAUAUAACGAGAUAUGUGACGUCACAAAAUCAUCUUCAUGCGACACUACACUUAUCUGUUCUGACCGUAGCGGUACCGCUAGGUGUCUGUGUAGUGAUGACAAAUACUGGUAUGAGAAGUACAGAAUCUGCACGACGAAGAAGACAUACGGUCAGACUUGCGAUGUCAAUGUGACUGGUAUAUGUCAGGAGAAGAUGUCGUGUCAACCUCGCGCCGGGGUACAUAUGUGUGAUUGUAACGAACAGCAUUACUGGGACGUGAUGGUACCUGUAUGUCAACCAGUUAUACCAUACGGAGGAGUUUGCAACGACAGUAACCAGUGUUUCAAGUCUACCGGUGUGUCCUGUCUUUCAACAAACGAUCAACGGGCGUGUCUAUGUGUAACGUCAUCAUACUGGAGCGAAUCCAGCUUGUCAUGCAUCAAACAACAUGGUUAUAAACAGACUUGUCCAUUCGAGAUAAGUAACAGCUGCAAAAGUAACCUGAUGUGUAGAAACAACGACUUGGUGUGUGCUUGUCUCAAAACUAAGUACUGGGAUCAGUCGGAAUGUUCUGACAGUCCGUAUGAUUUGAUUUUUCUAAACUGAAGUUGAAAAGCAAUUGUAAUUGUAAUA